GCGCUUUUUAUGUAGUCUAUGGAUAUUUCUUUACUCUCUGGCUGUGGAAUUCAGGAAAAUUUCAAUUUAUUUUUGAAAAUAAAAGUAAAUAAGAACAUUAACAAAAUGAGCGCUUGGAGGCAAGCUGGUUUAACUUACAUAAACUACUCAAACAUCGCAGCCAAGGUGCUUCGCAGGUCACUAAAGCAAGAAUUUCGAGCAGAGGCGUUGAAACGUGACGAAUCUCACGUCAGAGUCACACCUUGGGCCAACGGACGACCUGCACAUGAAAAGGACUAAGUCAGAGGUACCUCCAGAAAGCUGUUCCAAAGUGAAGAAGGAAUAGUUAACCAACAUGCAUGAAAAUCAUCAACUAUUAAUUUAUGUAGAAUUGUACAAUAAAUAACGCUGUUUAAAA